AUGAAGACCGGUGUCCUACUUAUGUUCCUGUGGGGGUCAGCCUGUGCCCUCCCAGUUGCCAGGUAUCAGAAUCCUGAAUCCGAGAGCUCAGAAGAGUGGAUGGGCGGUUUGGCUCAGUCACCACCACCCCCCACGAACAGUGAGUCAUCAGACGAGACCAAAGUUAGCUCAGAGGAACAGGCGAACGAUGACCCCAGCGUCAGCACUGAGUCUGAAGAGGAUGUGGACUCUGAUGGUGACCAGCAUGCUUACAGACCCGCGGGUGGUCUCUCUAAGAGUGUGGGGACAGAAGCUGAGAAGGAAGAUGAUGAAGACGACAGUGGAGACGACACCUUUGGUGACGAGGACAACGGCCCAGGACCUGAAUGGGGAGGACGCUCCAGACCGGACAGUGAUGAGGACUCGGCAGACACCACACAAUCCAGUGAAGACUCUCGAGAAGACCACGCCCAAGAUGCCCCCAGUGACAGCAGGGACCGUGAGGAUGAGGCAGCCAGCCGGCCUGAGGCCGGUGACUCCACUCAGGACAGUGAGAGCGAGGAACAUUGGGUCGGAGGGGGCAGUGAGGGGGAGAGCAGCCAUGGGGACGGCUCUGAGUUUGAUGAUGAAGAAGGGAUGCUGAGUGAUGACCCCGAGGGUACCAGGAGCGACCGAGGCCACACCAGGAUGAGCAGCGCUGGCAUCAGGUCAAAAGAAUCCAAAGGGGACCAGGAGCUCACGAGCGCUCGGGAUCCAGACGACAGCCAGUCUGUGGAACUGUCAAGCAGCAGCAAGUCCUUCAGAAGGUCCCAGGUCUCCGAGGAAGGUGACAGAGGUGAGCGCCCAGACAGCAGGAGCAGGGAAACCCAGAGUGACUCCACAGAGGACACCGUCUCCAAGGAGGACACAGCCGAGAGCCGGUCCCAGGAAGACAGUCCAGAGGGACAAGACACCAGCAGUGAGUCCAGCGAGGAGGCCGAUGGGCCGUCCCAGGAAAGCAGCAGUGAGUCUCAGGAGGGGGUGGCCAGCGAGCCCAGGGGUGACAACCCCGAUUACACCAGUCAGGCGGGCGACCGAGAAGACAGCAGCCAGUCCAGUGAGGAGGACAGCCUGAACACACUCUCCAGCUCAGAGAGCCGGUCCACAGAGGAGCAAGCCGACAGCGAGUCCAGCGAGGAGAGUCGGGAGUCGGCCCAGGACGGGGACAGCUCCAGCCAGGAAGGCCUGCGGUCCCAGAGCGCGUCAGGGGAGAGCAGGAGCCAGGAGAGCCAGUCUGAGCAGGAGGACAGUGACAGUGACUCCCGGGACAGCAGCAGGUCCAAAGAGGACAGCACCUCUACAGAGAGCACGUCCAGCAGUGAGGAAGACCGCCACCCCAGAAACCUGGAGGCGGACGGCAGGAAACUCACAGUCGAUGCGUACCACAACAAACCCAUCGGGGACCAGGAUGACAACGACUGCCAAGACGGCUACUAG